AUGGGGCCUCUAGCAUGGAUAGUGUUCUUGUGCAUCGUCAGCAGUGCUAGAUCGGGUGGCGCGAUUUUCGACGAAACUGAUUCUCCUACACCAUGUUCUGCUAGCUUCUCUGGAUAUGCUCUCGAGAUACUCAUGGUAAAGCUAGACCACAUGCAGCAAAGUGUUCUGCAACUACAGAUCGAAUUGGCCAAGCAGCGGGAAGAGGUUGCGCUAAGCCAAAAUGACAGCAAGGCGCACAUGACCGUGGGACUAGACAACAUGCAGCAAAGUUUUCUGGGGCUACAGAGCGAAUUGGCCAAGCACCGGGAAGAAGCUGCGCAAAGCCAAAAUAACAGCGAGCCGCACAUGCAGCACUGUUUCUUGGAGCUACAGACCGAAUUGGCCAAGCACCGGGAAGAGGCUACGCAAAACCAAAAAGACAUCCUCCAAUCGAUGCAUCGAUUGGAGUAUGAUGUUGGACGCAACUUUACUCGCCUACAGGACCGAUCAUGGCAGAUCUUUGCGCUACAAGCUACGCAUACUACAAUGAAGACCAAUCUUCAGUCAUAUGUGCCCUAUCGCUCGUGCAGUGACAUUCGGAAUGCACAGUCUGGGGCAUAUAUUAUCCAGCCGAACGAUGAAAGCAACCCUUUUAUGGCGUACUGUCACCGGGAUAUGGAGGGUGGAAGCAUCUGGUUGGUGAUACAGCACCGAUUCGAUGGAUCGCUAAACUUCUAUCGCAACUGGAAAGAGUAUCGGGAUGGUUUCGGUAACAUUGAGAAGGAGUUCUGGAUCGGACUGGAACGACUAUAUCAGCUGACAUCAGGGCGACCCCAUGAACUGAUGGUUGAGCUGAGAGACUUUAAGGGAAAUUAUAAAUUUGCACUCUUCGCAGCAUUCGAGAUCGGCAGUGAAACCGAACAAUACAAUCUGAAAACCCUUGGAGCGUACAGCGGAACUGCAGGGGAUUCUCUGUCACAUCACAAGAAUAUGAAAUUCUCGACGUACGAUCGUGAUAAUGAUGUAUGGAAGGAAGUAAAUUGUGCUGUAAGAUUUGAGGGUGCCUGGUGGUACAGAGACUGCUAUCGUUCCAAUUUGAACGGGCCAUACAAGAAUAUAGUAGAUUAUACAUCGAUGAACUGGUACCACUUCAGCAAUUCCUAUGAAGGACUGAGCUUUUCAAGAAUGAUGAUCCGACCAAAAUGA